AUGUCAUGCUUCGCGCCGGCCGUUGCAGGUCCACGGCCCGUAGCGGUGCCGUGGAGUCCUGGGAGCGUGCCGUAUCCGAAUGGCGCCGCAGCGCCCAUGCAACAACCUGUGAGGGCAUACGGAGGAGCCCCGCUUCAAGGCAUCGUGCCUGGUCAGGUCGAUGGCCUGCAAGCGGAGGUAGCACGGCGGAAGGCUGCAGAGUCUCGUGUGCAGGAACUCGAGGCACUCGUGGCUCGUUUGCAGAACCGUGUCGCCGUCCUGGAGGGAAAGCCCAAAGGCGGGCCUCGGCGUUCCGUCCCAGCGCGCAAGCAGGGCGUUGAUACACAGGUAUAUGCAGAAGAUGACGAGGAGGAGGAUUCCAUAGACACAGCGAUCCGAACGUAUCUGGAGCACAAUCCAGACUUUCCUGUGUCGAUUCAGAAGGUGGCACCGAACUACUAUGUUUUUGGUGAUCGAGGCACAGUCUACAUUCAGCAAAGAGGUGAGCAUGUGGUCGUCCGAGUUGGUGGUGGCUACAAAUCCUUGCAGGUGUUCAUGGAUGCCAGGGCCCAAGUGGUGAGACCCUGUAGCUUUCACAUGCUUUCACAGCAUGGGUCGCCGUUGCCAUUCCGGCUCAUUGCAGACGGCGAUUCUGCCAUGGAGCUGGAUGCCGGACAGGUCGCAGCAGUACUAGUUGCCACGUUCAUUUUCCUAGCAAUCUGGGCGAUUUUACAGCCACGUGGUCUUGCAACGCAGAUUUGCACAUGCUGCUUCGUCCUGUCGUUAGUGUGCACGCAGCUCCUCAUGAAGGAUCUGGGAUCUGGGGAUCUGAACUUUAGGUAUCCGGCAACGGUCACGAGCUUGCACUUCGUAUUCAUGUGGCUUACAAGUUGGACUUUCUGGGCCAGCCGGAAGCAGUUUCAUCGUUGCAGGCCGAGCUCGGUGGGCUCCCUGAGGCGCUACGCAAAGUUCGUUCUGCCAAUUGCUCUUUCUCUGCCACUCUCCAUAGCACUGAACAACACAUCCCUGCUUUACAUGGGAGCCGGACUUGCGGGCAUCAUCGGAACAAUGGCGCCGAUCAUCACGGCGGUCUUGACCCACUGUCUAGGACGUCGGAUCAACAAGACCGGGUGGCUCGGGGUCAGCGUGGCCACUUUUGGAGCUACGUGCAUCGGCGCCGGGGAGCUGAGGGAUCAAGGAGGACAGGUGAAUUCCGUUGCCCUGGGCCUGGUGUUUUGCACCGCCUCGGUGUUUUUGAGGGCGGCCAAGGCAGUUCUGCAAGACCAGCUGCUGGAGCCCACGGCCUACGAGUCCGAGGAGGGAGGGGGAGAGGUGGACCUGGAAGGUCAGGUCCGUCAGGGUCAGGUCCGGAGCCCAAGCCCCAAGCGGGAAGGCAAGGAGGCUUUGCCCGUGUCGCCACCUUCGGCCCUCUCUCCGAUGCACGUUUGGGCGCUGCAAGCCCCGCCUUGCACGGCCUGGGCCGUGGUCUACGCCCUUCUGACAGAGAGCCCGAAUCAGGCGGUUGCCCACACAACGCCCCCCGUCGCUCGAAUGAUCUUCCUGACCUGCAUCACAGCUACUUUUCUGAAUGUGCUGGGUAUGACAACCAUGAAGCAGCUCGGUGCCAGCUCCAUGCAGAUCAUCGGGAAGCUCAAUACCAUCAUCCUGCUGGCUUUCUCAAUGGGCUUCUGGGGUGAGAGGAUGCCACAGGAAGUUCUUGUUGGGACAUGCUUCGUGCUGGCUGGAGUCGCCGUCUUUGAGCAGAGAGGCAAGAGGGUAUAG